CGGGUGUCCCGGGGCGGGGCGGGGCGGGGCCGGCCCCCACGUGAGAGCGGCAGCCCAGCGCCGAGCUGGAGCCACAGCGCGGCCACCGGCCUGAGGUGCGGGGAUGGCCGGCGCGGGCCGGCGGGGGCCGGAGCGCGCCGGGAGCUGCUGGCAAGACCCGCUGGCUAUGGCGCCGAGUGCCCCGAGGCCGCCGGGCCCUGGCCGGGGCUGGGGGCGGAGCCGGCCCCUGAGUGUGGUCUACGUGCUGACCCGGGAGCCCGAGGCCGAGGCCGAGGCCGAGCCACUGCCCCUGCGCUGCCUCCGCGACGCUUGCGCCCAGCUGCCCGGGCCGCGCCCGGCGCCGCAGCUGCGCACGCUGCCCUUUGGGACCGUGGCCCUGGGCGAGCCCGCCGCGCUAGACGCCUUCUACAACGCCGAUGUGGUUGUGCUGGAAGUGAGCGGUUCUUUGGGCCAACCCUCCUUGUUCUACCACCUUGGAGUGAGGGAGAGUUUCAGCAUGACCAACAAUGUGCUUCUCUGUGCCCAAGCAGACCUGCCUGAUCUCCAGGCCCUCAGGGAAGACGUCUUUCAGAAAAAUGCUGAUUGUAUCGGGGGCUACACCUUCAUCCCCUACAUGGUGACGGGCCAAGGACAGGUCCUGUGUGGCGAUGCAGGUGUCAUGAAGGGGCUGGUGGAGGGCUUGUUCCAGUCAGGGGCAGGUGCCGAGACCCUCCUCAGCCCCCUGGUGAGCAGGCUUGUGCGCCUGCUGGAAGCUGUGCCCACCACCUCCGGUGGCUACUUCCGUGAGACCAUGCGCAGGGAUAUCCGCCGGGUGCGGGAGCACUUCUCUGGGGACCGGCUUCGGCGUGAGCUGGGGCGGCUGCAGAAACGGCUGGACAGCGUGGAGCUGCUGACCCCCGACAUCAUCAUGACCCUGCUGCUCUCCUACCGGGAUGUGCAGGACUAUGGGGCCAUCAUCUCCCUGGUGGAGACACUGCAGGCCUUGCCCACCUGUGACCUGGCAGAGCAGCACAACAUCUGUUUCCACUACACCUUUGCCCUCAACCAGAGGAACAGGCCUGGGGACAGAGACAAGGCCCUCUCGGUGCUGCUGCCCCUGGUGCACAGCGGGGCCGUGGCCCCCGACCUCUACUGCAUGUGCGGCCGCAUCUACAAGGACAUGUUCAGCGGCUCUGGCUUCACAGACACGGGUCACCGGAACCAGGCCUGUCACUGGUACAGAAAGGCCUUUGAGACGGAGCCCAGCCUGCACUCGGGGAUCAACGCGGCCGUGUUGCUCCUGGCUGCCGGACACCAGUUUGAGGACUCGGACGAGCUCCGGCAGAUAGGUGACUGGUCCCUGCCCCGGGCCUUUCCCCAGGUGUGAGGGUCCCAGCGCAGGGGGCGGAGGGAGGCGGGGCUGGGCCGGUGCCCGGUAGCUCUGCGCCUCCUGGCUAGUGGGCGCUGGGCGAAGGGCAGGUGGAAGAUGCGUAUCUGGGCGUGGCCUCUGGCCAACCUGCAAUGCCCUGCCAGGUACCUGGCCUCGGUCAUGGAGACCUUCCUCCUGUACCAGCACUUCUGCCCGGCUAGCGCGGGCCUGGUGGCGCCUCUCUGGCUGCGCUUCCUCCUGCAGGCCUGCCAGCCCUUUGCGGCCCUUUCUCCCCUCCAGGUGCUGAUCCUGGAGCAGAACAAAGUGCUGCAGCCAGCCCGGCUGCGGGUGACAGAGGGGAGCCCCAGCGUGGCGGUGACCCUGAGCCUGCUGGAGUCUGAGACAGAGGCUGCCGGCUGUGGCUGGACCUUCCCCGAGGCUUCCAUCCGGGGAGUCAGCAUCUCCAAGAGGGAUGAGCGUUGCUGCUUCCUGUACGUGUUGCACACGGCCCAGGACUUCCAGCUGGGCUUCUCCAGCCAGCAGUACUGCCAGUGGUUCUGCAGGCGGAUCCAGGCCUUCGUGACCCAGCCAGCCCUGAUUGGAGAUGAGGGCACGGCCCGCAAGGAGGUGCUGGAGUUUGACUAUGAGUACACAGAGACAGGCGAGCGGCUGGUCCUGGGCAAAGGCACCUAUGGGGUGGUGUAUGCCGGUCGGGACCUCAGCACCCAGGUGCGGAUCGCCAUCAAGGAGAUCCCCGAGAGGGACAGCAGGUACCCGGGGCCCCUCCACGAAGAAAUCGCCCUGCACAAGCGUCUGCGCCACAAGAACAUCGUUCAGUACCUGGGCUCCAUCAGCCAGGAUGGCUUCCUCAAGAUUUUCAUGGAGGAGGUGCCUGGAGGCAGCCUGUCGUCCCUGCUGCGGUCUGUGUGGGGACCGCUCCAGGACAACGAGAGCACCAUUAGCUACUACACCCGGCAGAUCCUACAGGGCCUGAGCUAUCUCCAUGACAACCACAUCAUCCACCGCGACAUCAAGGGGGACAACGUUCUGAUCAACACCUAUAGCGGGCUGCUCAAGAUCUCCGACUUCGGCACCUCCAAGAGGCUGGCGGGCAUCACGCCCUGCACCGAGACCUUUACAGGGACCCUGCAGUACAUGGCCCCCGAGAUCAUUGACCAGGGCCCCCGAGGCUACGGAAAGGCAGCUGACAUCUGGUCCUUGGGCUGCACCGUCAUUGAGAUGGCCACUGGACGCCCGCCCUUCCACGAGCUGGGCAGCCCCCAGGCCGCCAUGUUCCAGGUGGGCAUGUACAAGAUCCACCCCCCGGUGCCCGGCGCCAUGUCUGAGGAAGCCAGAGCCUUCAUCCUGCGCACCUUCGAGCCUGAGCCCAAGCACCGGGCCAGCGCAGCUGCCCUGCUGGGGGACCCCUUCUUGCAGCCUCGGCGUAAAGCCCGGAACUCCACGUUGCCCCAGCAGCCCCCUCACCCUACAGGUGUCCCGCCUAGCAGCCCGGCUCCCUCGGUCGGCCAGUCGCAGACGGUGCCGUGUCUGGGGGCCAGUCCCCAGACCGGCCUCUUGACCCCCAAGCGUUGCUUCAGUGAAGGAGGAGCCCUCAACAGCCAGCUCCGGGUGCUCAAGGACUCUGCCAGAGAGCAGACCCCCUCCCCAGAGGAGACGCCGCAGCAGUCCCUGAUGCGCAAGGAGAGUGAGCAGAGGGCCAUGCUGGCGCAAGUGCUCAGCCAGGAGCUGUCCACCAUUGUGGAGGGCCUGCAGCGGGCGCUGGAGCAGGGCCCCCCUGGGCCACCCCUGAGCCGGGAGCAGGUGGCCCAGCUGGUGAGAGGCCUCCGGAGCUACAUUUGCUCUUCCAGCCGCCGACAGCUGGCCCAGGAGCUCCAGGCCCUGCAGGAGCAGCUUCGGGUCCAGGGGCACAGCGUGGGAUUACUCCAGGGACCCCUUUUUGCUUUCCAGGAUGCUGUGAAGCGGGUCCUCCGGAGGCACAAAAUCCGACCCCACUGGAUGUUCGCCUUGGAUGGGCUGAUGAGCCGGGCCGUGCGGGCAGCCCUGGCCGUGCUGGGGACAGAGCUAAAGAAGCCAGCUGCAGGGGAACCUGAGGAGGGCAGUGAGGAAGAAGAGCAGGAACCUGGGCAGAGGGGCGUGCCCCCCAGGAGGAGACACUCCAGGGCGCCUGACGAGGAUCCCAUGCCCCUGAUGGCACAGCUGAGCCUCCUAAGGGCAGAGACAGGCAGACUCCUGGGACAGCUGGCAGAGAAGGAAAGGCAGUGCCAAGCAUUAGCCCUCAGAGCCCUGCAGUGUGUAGAGGAGACCUCAACUCUAACCUUAGGCUCUGGGCCUCCCGAUAGCCCAGCAGCCUCCGCAGGGGACCCUGAGCUGACCCAGUGGCUGCAGCAGCUGGGGGUAGAUUCCGGCACCAUCCAGACACUCCUGAGCCACGGCUUCACCUUGCCCAUGCUCCUCACCUGUGCCAGUCGAGAUGACCUUGUUUAUACUCGGAUCAGAGGUGGAAUGGUGUGCCGAAUCUGGAGAGCCAUCAUGGUCCGGAGGGCUGUGCCAGUGCCCUAGCCCCCCCACCUCAGGCUCAGGAUGCAGGGGGCACAAAGACAGACCCAUGGACGUCACGGCGGCAGGCGGCCAUCCAGGCGGAGGCCCAGAAGCUGGUGCUUCCCCACAGGGAGCAGAGGACCUUCCUCCCCAAAGUGUGUUUGGGGGAGCUGACGAGACACAGGAAGGACUGCCCGGGGGAGGGCUUGGCCUGGGCCACAGCCAGCUUAGGACAUUAAAGAGCAUACUUUUGUAGAUUUGUGUCUGUCACUGCUACGGGGUCCCUGGAUGUCUCCAUCGACAUCUCUCCAUCCACCCAGCUGGGAGCUGGGUCUGUAUUUGUUUCUGAUUCUAUGUCCCAUAUCUAAUGCAAAAUGUAUUUCUGAAGCCCUCACUAAGGACAAAACCCUGGGGAUACAGAGAAAGAAGCAACAGUCCCUGCUCUCGGGGACAGGGGUGGGGAGAUGGUGGGACACAUGCACAGAAGUAGUCAAGGAGGGACAGCCCCAGCAGACCAGAGGCCAGAAGGCAGAGAAGGGGCUUGUGGCUGAGGGCAGGACAGCGGGCAAAGGAUGUCCCCGUGCCCAACCCUCUCCCAAGUGACCAAGUUUGAGUAUGGAGAUCCAACUCCCUGACUCUCCUGUCCCUCCCAAAGGGUGCCAGGAAGCAGAGUCCUGUGGCUGUUCCCUGG